CCCCGGCCCCGGCCGGCGGCCCCCGGUUCCGGGGCGCGGCGCGGCGCGGGCGGCAGCAUGGUGGAGAAGCGCUGCCCGCUGCAGAGGGACGGCGUGUACCGCUGGUUCUCGGAGCUGCCGUCGCCGCAGCGCGUGGAGUUCCUGUGCGGCCUGCUGGACCUGUGCAUCCCGCUCGAGCUGCGCUUCCUCGGCUCGUGCCUCGAGGACCUGGCCCGCAAGGACUACCACUCGCUGCGCGACUCGGAGAUCAAGGCCAACAACCCGGCCGACCUGGGCAGCCUCACCAACCUGACGGACGAGGUGGUACGCAGCAAGCUGCUCGUGUCGCUGGCGCUGCUGGGCUCGGAGCAGCGCGAGGCGGCGGGCGUGCUGUACCGCACGCUCACGCACAUCGACUCCAUCAUCCACAACUACGGGCUGCAGCUCAACGAGGGCCGCACGGGCGAUGAGUUCCUGCUGCUCUUCACCAUGGCCUCCAACCACCCGGCCUUCAGCUUCCACCAGAAGCAGGUGCUGCGCCAGGAGCUCACGCAGAUCCAGAGCAGCCUGAGCGGCGGCGGCGGCGGGAGCCACGGCGGCAAGAGCGCGCUGCCCACCUGCCCGGCCUGCCACAAGGUGACUCCAAGAACCGAGGCCCCCGUCAGCAGCGUGAGUAAUAGUUUGGAGAACGCACUGCAUACAUCAGCACAUUCCACAGAGGAGUCGCUGCCCAAGAGGACUGUGGGGAAACACUCCAAAGUGAGUGUUGAAAAGAUAGACCUGAAGGGAUUAUCACACAAAAAAAAUGAAAGAAAUGUUGAAUGUUCCUUUGAGGUCUUGUGGUCUGAUUCUUCAGUAACAUCAGUAACCAAAUCUUCCUCUGAAGUGACUGAAUUUAUUUCAAAGUUACCCCAGCUGUACCCUGAAGAAAAUCUGGAGAAGUUCAUUCCUUGCUUAGCUGGCCCAGAUUCCUUUUACGUAGAGCGAAACCACAUGGAUCUGGAAGCAGACCUGAGGUAUUUGGCUUCGUUACCUUCUCACGUAUUAAAAAAUGACCACGUUAAGAAAUUUUUCAGCACUUCAUCUCCCACCCAACAGCUUCAAAGUCCAAGUCCUGGCACCCCUUCCAUCUCUAAAGUGGGUACCAUGAUGGGCGUGUCUGGAAGGCCUGUGUGCGGCGUGGCCGGCAUCCCCUCCUCUCAGAGCGGCGCCCAGCACCACAUGCAGCACUCGGCCAGUGCAGCCGCCUUGCCCCACUGCUCCCACACGGGGGGUGCAAGCCCCGCGCUGGCCUACCGGGCCCAGAUGGACACCUCGCCCGCCAUACUGAUGCCCUCCAGCCUGCAGACCCCUCAGCCCCAGGAGCAGAACGGGAUCCUCGACUGGCUCAGGAAACUGCGUCUGCACAAGUACUACCCUGUCUUCAAACAGCUCACCAUGGAGAAGUUUCUGAGCCUUACUGAGGAAGAUCUAAAUAAAUUUGAAUCCCUCACAAUGGGAGCGAAGAAAAAACUCAAGACCCAGCUGGAGCUGGAGAAGGAGAAGUCCGAGAAACGGUGCCUGAACCCCACAGCCCCACCCCCGGUCACCAGCAGCGGAGUGGCCCGCGUCCCCCCCACCAGCCACGUCGGGCCCGUGCAGACCGUGCGGGGCACGCACGCCGCAGCGCUGCGGGUGGAGGUGGAGCAGCCCCCUCAGCAGACGGCCCGGGAGGGCAGCUCCUCCGAGUGCUCCAGCUCCUCGCCCAGCCCGAUGGGGGUGCAGGCCCGGGAAGAGAGCUCGGACAGCGCCGAGGAGAGCGACAGACGUGUGGAGAUGCACCUGGAGGGCUCGGAGAAGGAGAAGCCCGUCAUGCUACUGAACCAUUUCGCUUCAAGUUCCGCCAGACCCACGGCCCAGGUUCUCCCAGUGCAGAACGAGGCGGGCUCCAGUCCGUCGGGCCACCACCCCCUCCCCCCACAGAUGAUGGCCGCGGCCUCGCACCUGGCGCCCAUCCGGAUGCUGAAUUCCGUGCACAAGUCGGAAAGGGGGGGUGCGGACAUGAAGCUCCUCCCACCUUCCGUGCACUCACUGCUGUCUCUAGAAGAAAGGAGUAAACUCUCGGGACCAAGAGGCGGCAUCAAAGUGGACAAGAACUUCGGCCAUGCCGUGAUCGACGCGGCACCCACGCCCACCCCCCAGCAGCCCCUGCAGGUCCUCUCUGCACUGGCGGAGAGCAGCUCUGUGUCACCCACCGUCUCCUUCGGUCCCCGCGCCAAAGUCGUGCAUGCAUCUGCGCUGGACAGGGUGAUAAAGCCGGCCCCGCAGCCGGCCCCGGGCGGGGAGGCGAGCACUGCUGCGGCGGGGACGUCGAGCACGGUCUUCCACGUGGCUCGGCCACCCAUCAAACUUCUGGUGUCUUCAUCUGUCCCUGCGGAUUCUGCCAUUUCUGGGCAAACUCCCUGUUCGAAUAACGUGCAAAUAAGCGUGCCCCCUGCAAUAAUAAACCCCCGGACUGCUCUGUACACCGCCAACACCAAAGCUGCCUUCUCUGCGAUGAGCAGUGUGCCCGUGGGGCCCCUGCAGGGCAGCUUCUGUGCAAACAGCAACACUGCCUCCUCCAGCAGCCACCCCUCCACGUCCUUCGCCAGCAUGGCCACCGUGCCCAGCUGCCCGGCCCCCAGCUCCAGCCCCGCGCUCUCCUCGGCCCCUGAAAGCAGUUUCUACAGCAGCAGCGGCGGGGGCGGCGGCGGCGGCUCCCCCGGGAACAUUCCCGCCUCCGCCCAGAACCACCACCACCACCACCACCAUCAGCAGCAGUCGGCGCCCCAGCAGCCCACGCCCGCCCCGCCGCCCGGCUGCGUCGUGUGCACGUCCUGCGGGUGCAGCGGCAGCUGCGGCUCCAGCGGCCUGACCGUCAGCUACGCCAACUACUUCCAGCACCCGUUCUCGGGGCCGUCCGUGUUCCCCUUCCCCUUCCUGCCCUUCAGCCCCGUGUGCGGCAGCGGCUACGUGGGCGCGCAGCAGUACGGCGGCGGCGCCUUCCCCGUGGUGCUCCCCUACGGCGGCAGCGUGCCCCCCGAGCCCGUGCUGGGCGGCCAGUCGGCGUUCGCCGUGCCGCCCCUGCAGAGCUUCAUGGCGGGCGCGGCGGGCGUGUACCAGGCGCCGGGGCUGGUGGGCAGCAGCAGCGGCUCCGGCCACAAGAAGAGUGGCAAUCUGUCGUGUUACAACUGCGGGGCCACCGGGCACCGCGCUCAGGACUGCAAGCAGCCGUCCAUGGACUUCAAUCGGCAAGGUACUUUUAGGUUGAAAUAUGCCCCUCCAGCAGAAAGUCUGGACUCCACAGACUGAUAUUUUUCUCUGGCAACAGAACACUAUUAAGCCAUGGAGACAUAAGGAAAAUUAAAUACAAAACUGAGAAGUCUAGUUGCUGUUGAGCUUAAUAUUUUUACUCCAAAGGUGCUUUACUUUACUAGACUGGAUAGAAAACCUAGCGUAGGAGUGCAUCAAACUCAGUUUUAUUGCCAAAAUCCUAGAUUGGAGCUUGACGUCAGGACUUGCCUGGUCGGCGCCUCCACGGUGGUCGCGAUGCAGAGACCUCCGUCUCCCGGGGAGCACUGCUGUCAUCGGUCCUUCCAGGCUCACACGUAAUUCCAGGGCAGCUACGCAAGAUCGGAAUCGAGAACUGAAGGUUGGAGUUCUCCGCGUGGAGUUCCACCAGUCGGACUCUUGAUACCCCUGGGUGAGGGAAAAUGUCGCCUUCGUUUUGUUUUGUUUUUUGUUUUGUUUUGUUCCUCAAGUGGUUAGACACUAAUCUCUCUGGGCUUUUUAAGGAUUGCACUACAGAAGAAUGUAAACUGAUGUCAAUCUUGCCGUUCUGGGAGACAGACUCCCUGAGACCAGUCAGUGCAAGACACUCAGAGAAUCCGUUUUUAAGGAGCUGGCACCAGCAGGCUACGUGACUUGGUACACAACAGAGAUUUUAGCAUUUCCUUCCCUCCUUAAAACACUUGUAGCAGUUUCAAGUUUUUAAUUUUUUUUUUCUGCGAAUAAAUUUAAACUAUGUUAUUAAAUAGAAAUAGUUACUCGCAACAACUUAAUAUCUAAGGGUCCAAGUCCCAGAGAAUCCCUAGUUGUCAAAGCUUUGAGAAUCCCUUCCUUCCCGGCCCUUCAGUAGCUUGAAGUCCUGUCAUCUUCCACUGCGACGGAGCUCUCGCAGAGACAUGGUGACCGCAUGGCCUUCGUGAGCGGUCUCUGAGGGAUGCUACACAUCCUUAGCAAAGUUGGCAAGUUCAUUUAUCUCACGCGGAUCUCCCAAGGACCCCAAGGCUUCCUGCUAACGGAUUCACACUUGAGACGGACAUUUCAACAAUAAUACAGUCCUGUAAUUUAUGAGCAAAAGAUUUGAAAUAUUCUCCUGUCAACUUCUUUUGUAUCAGGCCGUGUACUAGUGGUUGGUUCUGCUAAAAAUCACCUGAAAACCACAACGGAAAGUGGUAAGACUCUGAAAGAGCCCACAGCAACAGCGCAGAGCUGCAAGAUCUGCAGACGUCUAGUUUUAUCCCAAGUAGGAAAUAAGUCCUCACCAUACAGCUGUUUCACCCCAUGACAACGAAAGCUUCUUGGUCUGAAAUUUAGGGACUUAAACCUUUAAAGCUAAAAGGGAAUUUUCUGCUCAAACAUUAUUAAACACUAAAGCCUUCAAUAUUAAAAUAUUGAUUGGUAAGGCCUUGCCCAGGGAUUUUGCAGUUGAAUAUUUAUUUAAAAAAAGAAAAUCAUAGUGUUGAGACCUUUCUUAAAAUGGGACAAUCAGCCUCAUGCCGAAUUGGUGUAAAUCAAAAAAAUACCCUAGAAUUUGAGGCACUGUGAUGUGAGGCUUCAAAUUUUAUGAUCAGUUUCCUGGCUGGAGGAAACUGAAGCAGAGUUGUUAGAUUUUUUUAUGAAAGGGUUUUAGUAGAGUUUUUUAGAGUUUAUUUUAGUCGAGUUUCAUUUCUAUGCAAUGCAGAAUUGACAGACCUCUGUAUGCUUCUCUCUCUUCCUGGUACACAGUAUUACAUACAGUUUUGAAGUGAUGGUGAUGCUUACAACAACUUUUUUGGGGAAUGUUACAUUGAUCUCUUAAUUAUAAACACUACAAAAUGUCAAAAUAAUGAGAACUGACACAACUUUGCCUUAAAGAGUACGAGCCUGGAACUUGUCAUAUGAUGUUAAAGGAAGACUUGGGAGUGUCCACUGAUGUUUACGAUUUUAAUAUUUCUGAAGGCCGUUAUGGUGGCCUGGACAUGUGCUGAAAGCCAAACUUUUAAAUUUUUUGGUUUUUUAAACAAAGAAAUAUUUUAAAUAAAUCCUAUUUCAACACAGUGAAAUUGUUGAGAACUGUCUCAUAACAAAAGAAAAGAAAAUCAUAUUUAGGGUUUUUGUUUUAGCGGUCAGUAUUGGGGAAUGAAAGUGUUUGUUGUUACCCUGAUGACUAUUUUGAUAAACAUUAGAGGUUAGUGUGUUCCAUACAACAAAAAAUUAAAAUAGGAGCUUCGAUUCGAAGUAGGACAGAUUGAGGUAAAUAAGUCCAGACAUUGUGCGGCUGUGUUCCAGUCAUCAAAGGUCUUAGAAAAAUUCCCACUUGUCUUUGAAAGUGCAUGUGCGGUGUGACGUCUGCAGUGAGGCCAUUCCAAGGUGAGAAUUUUAAAACGUAAACGUGAGAUACGCGGGGACACAGAGCAUCCGGCUGCCGAUCUGGGAGACUCUUCCCAAGUGAACAUUUGGACUUGGGAAUGUUUGCUGGCAGUGUCAUCUCUGAUAAAUUUCUCUCCAGAAGCAACCAAAGUCAGUAAGCCUGAAGAGCAUUUUGCAUUUCCUCAGAUGUCCUCAUCUUAGAAACACAGAUCUGACUGACCCUUCUCACCUGCGUAGUCGUUUUCCUGAAAUCAUGGGCUCAGUUUGCAGAUGCUGUAGCAGCCAGGUGGGUGUGGCCCAGCCACCUCGCUCUGUGUAGUCCGUCCUACAGCAAGGUUUCUAUCCCCAGUUUUUGUCUCCAAGAACGGGGGAAGUGGGAUGCACAGACUGAAGUAGAAUCGUUGGGCUAAAACAACUAUUUAAUAUUUUCUUUUUUUUUUUUUUUUAGCAAACAUUCAACUUUCUACCUUUUCUAAUUUUUAUUUCAUGGUAAUAUUGAGAAUUGGAAGUGUUUAAAUGUUAAAACUCGCAAUUGCUAAAGAGCACUGAGGAAAUGGGAGCUAGCACUUACAGUAACGACAGAAUUAUUUUCUUCAAAGCAGGUAUGUGUGAUUGGGUAUUAAAUAAAAAAGCAAAAUAACCAGCAUCAUCUAUAAUCUCCAGAUUACAGGAGUCGCUUGUGAAUAUAGUAGUUAGUAGGUUCAGUGUUUUAAUUCACUGUUUAGAAGUCACCGUAGCUAGUUUGCCCCGCACUGUGCGUGGAGGAGUGGAGCGGCCGUAGCGACCCCGCCCAGCGUCACCGCGCAACUGCAGCGCGUCCGGUUUGGGGCGCCGGUGGAUCCGAUCCAUCCGGAUCUGAGUGAGGUUUGCUCUGGGCUCACUCCAGUGGCGCUGGAGAGGCUGGCCCGGCGGAAUCG